AGCCGAGUCGAGUGCGGUCAUUUUCGAUUGCAGUUGUGAAAUACUAAUAGCAGAGCUGCUGCCAAUCUAUUUCUACCGAACGCAUCACGCGACAAUCUCGUCACAUACGACUUAAGAAGAGCAAACUGCGAAGCACCACCGAUAAACAAAAGCAUGGGCAAUUCCGUGAGUGCCAGUCCGGUAGCUGCGCUACCCGCAGCAACUUCCACCGCCGCGACGACGACACCAGCCGAAGUUAAGCCGGAGAAACCUAAGUGCAAGGCGUGCUGUGCUUGUCCGGAGACGAAGAAGGUUCGCGAUGCUUGCAUAAUGGAACGGGGAGAGGAGUACUGCGGAGAACUGAUCGAGAAGCAUAAACAAUGCAUGCGGGAUAUGGGAUUCAACAUCUAGACGAGCCUGACGACUGAUUUCCUGCUAUGGAGGAUGUUUUUUUAUCUACCAAAUUCCCGUUGUUUCAGCUGAGUCAUGAUCCAUUGACUUUCAUUUCAUUCUCGCCCCCAUCCCAAAUCCCGCCACUCACAAUUGUAUUGGAUUGUGCUUUAGUUACGUCGCUGUGUACAUAGGAAAUAGGAAGGCUGUCUAAUCGGUUUAAUUUAUUGAAAUUACUUCUGAUCGAUUAGUUCAGAGUGUUGUACUUAAAAUCUGGGUCAUAAUAAAAGAUGAUUUAAGUACAAGAAAAA